AUGCCGCCGAGCAAAGAAACUGCAAGGCACGAGUGCGUUUCAGAAGAUGCGCUGCAACACCUCCGCACGUACAAAUACUCGAGCGUCGAUAAAUCCUUCAUCUCGCGCUACAUCCUCAAGCAUUACUGGAAUGCAUUCGUCGAGCUCCUGCCGCUGUGGAUUGCGCCGAACCUCGUCACAUUAUUAGGCUUCUUUUUUAUCCUGGGGAACGUGGUGCUCCUCGAGGUUUACAUACCGGAUUUGGUCGGACCAGCGCCCUCAUGGGUAUACUACAGCUUCGCCUUUGGCAUGUGGAUGUACUCCACCAUGGACAACGUCGACGGAAAGCAAGCGCGUCGAACCGGCACAUCGAGCCCCCUAGGCGAACUUUUUGACCACGGUAUAGACUCUUUGAACUGCACUUUGGCAUCUCUCCUCGAGACGGCGGCUGUGGGCUAUGGAAGCACAAAGAUUGGCGCCUUCACCGCGCUGAUUCCUGUGCUUCCCAUGUUCUUCUCCACGUGGGAGACAUACCACACGCAUACGCUGUAUUUGGGCUACUUUAAUGGACCUACUGAGGGUCUGAUACUGGCAUGCACCUUUAUUUGCAUGUCUGGCUACUUCGGCCCAGAAAUCUGGUCCACGCCCCUCGCAACUUACUUCCCGUCGUACGCAGCGGAGAUAGGCAACGUAACGCUCAAGGAGCUCUGGGUGCCCAUCAUCCUCUUCACCUUCUUCGUCGCGCACCUCCCCGCCUGCAUUGUCAAUGUAGCCAAGGCGCGACGCAGCAGGAAUCAGCCCUUGUUACCUCUACUCAAGGAGUGGACUCCGCUCGUCAUCUUCGUCACGUGCACCAUUGCGUGGCUGGGCUCGCCUUAUUCAAGUUUGCUCAAGGACAAUCACCUCGUCUUGUACUGCUUGACCAUGUCGCUCGUCUUUGGCAGGAUGACGACGAAGAUUAUCCUCGCUCACUUGACGCACCAGCCGUUUCCCUAUUGGACGAUUAUGCUCGCGCCGAUGAUUGGUGGUGCCCUGAUUAUCAAUCACCCGUACUUUACCAUCCCCGGAACGUCUUUCUUCGGGCCCGUCUCGGCUGGGUUCGAGCUGUGGUAUCUCCGUGCGUACUUUGUUUUUGCCGCCGUCGUGUAUGGCAAGUGGGCGCACUUGGUUAUUACGAGUAUCUGCGAUUAUUUGGGUAUUAAUUGUCUUACGAUUCCGAGCAAGAGUGGGGAACAGAAGAAUGGACAUGUGGUGGAUGGUAAGGGACGAACUGAUUAA